AUGACAAUGACUCGAGGUGUGUGCUUGGCCCUUCUCUUCUUGCCGUUGGUGGAGAGCACACGGAGCUAUGCCAAGAUGCAAGAGGUGGAAGAGCACACGGCCGAGAGUCGUUCCGUGCCCAAAGUGAUCUAUGACGCCCUGCGCCAAGCCGGAGCUCUGGUGCAGACGCAUGUGGAAAAGCUGGAGGACGAAACGCGUAGCUACAGCGCAGUGGCCAGAAAACGGCUGCAGUGUUCCGGUUUGAGUGUGCCCUUCAGCAGUAGAGUGUUCGCAACUACCAGCACAUUCGCCAUGGAGCGUCCUGCACCUCGUGCUAAUUCCAUGAUCUCAGCCGCGGCUCUUCGAAGUCGUAGUCGGCCUAAUGAAGGUCAUCCACACCCAGCUCAUGCAGCCUUGCCAGCACCUCCAGGAUUGCCAGCUCCAGCAGAAGCACAGAACAUGCCAAGUAGCCAGCAACUUUUGUUGCAGUUGGUUCAGUCACAGCAGGUGCAGAACCAGUUGCUACAGCAACAGAUGGAUGUGCUCAGGCAGCAAACACAGACACCCACGGCACACAACAAUCCAGAAGACAUGCUCGGCACUUUCGAUCCUUCGCUCCAACCUGUUUUGAAGGAGUGGGCCCGUGACUAUCGCAAUGCUCUGCAACAGCAUGUCACACAAGCCAAUUUGCAGCAGAAGUAUCAAGACAUUGCAGUGUCUGGUGAACUUCACAAGCAGUUCCAAGAUGAAAGCACCAGAAGUUGGCAGUGGCCUCAGGCUUUCAAAGCCAACGCCCAGGAGUUGACCACAACUUCGGCUUUGCUUGAGGAAGGUCAGAGGGACAUGUACAGAGCUGACGUUGCAGGUCCGUUCGACAUUGAGGCAGCAUUCAGAGCGAUGAGGCGCCGGCAUGCUCAGGAAUGCCAGAGCUUUGUGUUUGCUUACCAGCGACAGUGCGCAGCUUUCUUUGAGGACAAAGUCCACCCAACAAAGCAACUCAUCUUUCUUGAAGAUCGUUUUCUUAGUUGGCAGCAGAAGCAUGGCAAUUUGGUGAGCGCGCAGGCCAAGACUCGGUUGCAAGAACAACUUAAGGUGUUUGCUGAACUGGUCUUCCGAACAGAGCAUCCGAAGGCCAUGUCCAAGCAGGAGAAGGACAAGGAAUCCAAACAGAAGAGAAAGGAUGAACUUACAAAAGCUGAAGCCGAGUUCAGGAUUAUGGACGUCAAUAAGCUUUUAGCCAUGGCAGUGUUGGAAUUUGCAACUCUGUCAGGAAAAAGCGGAACACAGAAGUCACAGCAUGUCGUACCAACCACCGGUGCCCUGGCCUAUUUUGUCAAGCAGCAUCCAGAUUUGGCAAAGAAGUACAAUAUCUCGGUCGGCUCAACUGUGUCCAAGCCCAAGUCCAAGCCCAUGGGAUCCAAUGACAAAGAUCGUGGCAGAUCGGAUGUUGAGAUCCCCACGUAUGUCCUUGCGUAUUUGUCGAAGGGCGGUAAGUUUGUGGCGGACAGAUGUGCCAGUUCAGCUGCUAAAGUCUUGACAAGCGUUUCUGCUUUGGAAAGGUCUUUGAAUACGGCAGUGUUUUUUGACAGACAUGCACUUGAACCUACUUUUUUCAGACGUUGCCGUCUCCGAACUGCUUGGAAGCCCAAAGAGGAUCCAAUCAUUUCUGCAUAUGGCAGGCUGCUGCGAGAAGAACUCAGUAGCUAUUCUCCUCGAGAACUUGUCAAAAAUGAAGAUUUCAUUGACAAAGCUGCUCGGAAAUGGCUAUGGCAACACCGACGUGAAAUCAGCGUAGUGGAUUGCGACAAGAACCUUGGUGAUGCAAUUGUGCCCAAGCACUGGGUUAGGCAAGAGUGCUUGAGAUUGCUGGAGGAAGCCUCGUACAAAGUCUCCCGCGCAGACUUCCUGGAUUCCUCUGCCAAUUUGAAAUUCCUGCUGGAUAGUUUUUUGCAGCAAUCAGUGCUUGCGGGUUCCAUAUCCACCAGACUAGCAGCGUUCAUCCGCAAGGAUUUCGGUUCCAAAAAUGUUGGCAGUUUUCGACUCAGAGUGAAGUUGCACAAGUCCCCAGUGGUAGGCAGGCCAAUCAUGAACCUGAGCAAGGCUUGGUUUAGCCCCUUGUCAGUUUUUCUCACUGAAGCGCUGGCGCCUAUGCUACAAAGACAGCUGCAUGUCAUUCAGUCUUCGCAAGAUCUUGUGAAACAGCUUGUGGAUUGCGUUGUCCCUCCUGGUUUUGCUUUGUUCACGUUUGAUGUGCGGAAUCUAUACCCCAGCAUUGACCAACGGCAUUUCCUCAGUGUCAUAGCCAGCAAAGUGAGGUCUUUCUGGAGUUCGAAGCCCAGUUUUGGGGCCAUGAUAGUCAAGCUCAUUGAGUUUCUGCUUGCCGUACAAUAUGUCGAAUUUGAAGCAGACAUAUGGCAUGUACAAAGUGGUCUACCUACUGGAUUGCAAGCCUCCGUCGUGUUUGCCAACUUGUACCUUGCUGCUUUUGACGAUUUUCUUGUUCAGAGAUGUUCCUGGAUUUUCAUGUGGAAGCGUUACAUAGAUGAUGCUUUUGCAAUAUUUCCUCUGGACUCAAAAGACGAGUGUCUUCAAGAACUCAACAUCUGGCAUCCGAACAUCGUUUGGGAGAUGUCUGGUUCCGGUAUGGCAGUGAAUUUCCUGGAUCUUAGUUUGACACUGCAGAUGGGAGAUCGUUCCAUUUGUUUUGAGACUUUCCGAAAGCCGCAGAACGCAUACUUGUACUUGCCACGGACUUCAUGUCACCCACCCAGUGUGUUCAAAGCUUUGGUGAUUGGUGAGACGCAGAGGCUACACCGAACAAACCGGAAGAAUGCCAAAGCUUUUGCCAAGCACCUAGACCUGUUUUUUGACAAACUGCAACACAGAGGCUACUGCAAAGAGGAGGAGAAAUUUCAGUUUGAAUUGGCACUAACCACUUUGACUUCCGCUUUUUGCACUUUGCGCAACCAGAUGUGGUGGGAGGAAGCGAAUCGCCUGGCGGAACAGAAGAAAGCCGACUCCACGGCCAAGAUCGCCUCCACGGCCAAGAUCGCCAAGGACAUGCAGGUGAAGACGGAUCACAUCGCAGACAAGGCGAAGGCCACGCGCGAUCUGAUGAUCAAAGUGGAGAAAGCGGCGGCGGAGCACAGCAAAGCAGGUGAAGAUCACAAGAGCUCCAUGACGAAGUUUGGCAAGAUCAGUGACGACGUGGAAGCCUUGGCCAGAAAGAUCACCAUGAAGGAACAGGCGCUGACACAGAUCGUGAGCACUUACAAAAGGCAAAUCGCUGAGAUGAAGGCUCAGAUGGAUGAAAUGAUGAAG